AUGGCGCUGGCGGUGGCGGUGGAGCCUCAGGCCACGGUGGCCGACAUCAAAAACCUGUUCAGCAAGAGCCAUCCCCAGUGGUACCCGGCGAGGCAGUCCCUGCGCCUGGACCCCAGUGUCUCCAUGUGCGUCCAGGUGUGUCCAGGUGUCUCCAGGAGUUUCCAGGUGUCUCCAGGUGUCUCCAUGUGUGCCCAGGUGUGUCCAUGUGUCUCCAUGUGCGUCCAGACUGUCCCCUCACCUGUGCAGGUGUUCCUGACGGAGUACGCGGGCCCCCUCCUCAUUUACCUGCUGUUCUAUUUCCGGGUGCCGUUCCUGUACGGGCCCCGCUACGACUUCACCGCCAGCCGGCACCGCGUGGUCCACCUGGCGUGCUGCUGUCACUCGUUCCACUACGUCAAGCGGCUGCUGGAGACGCUCUUCGUGCACCGCUUCUCGCACGGCACCAUGCCCCUGCGCAACAUCUUCAAGAACUGCACCUACUACUGGGGCUUCGCGGCCUGGAUGGCGUAUUACAUCAACCACCCGCUGUACACCCCGCCAGCCUACGGUGACGAGCAGGUGAAGCUGGCGCUGGCCGUGUUCCUGGUCGGCUCCUGGAUCGGUUUCACCAUCAUGACCCAGUGCCUGCCCGGUGACACCCGCACCCCCCGUUUGUCCCCCCAGGUCGGCUCCUGGAUCGGUUUCACCAUCAUGACCCAGUGCCUGCCCGUGGCGCUGUUCUCGCUGGUGGGUUUCGUGCAGAUGGCGAUCUGGGCUCAGGGCAAGCACCGCAGUUACCUGCGCGAGUUCCGCGACUACCCGCCGCUGCGCUCGCCCAUCGUGCCCUUCCUGCUGUGACACCGCCCUGGGGACACCGCGGGGACAGCCCCCAGUGUCCCCUCCCUGCUGUGACACCGCCCUGGGGACACCGCGGGGACAGCCCCCAGUGUCCCCUCCCUGCUGUGACACCG